CCUCGCCAAACUUCCAGCCAACCUUCUGACUUCAACUUUCCAGAUCUAGGCCCGACAACACAGCAUGUCUGACAGGCCUCGGGAAUACUCUUCGAACCGCUCACCGCGCUACACUACUCUUAAUCGAGACACUAGAUCAUCGCGACGAUCUGAAUCCCCUCGUUCAGAGACUAGAUACAAGAGUGGGACGCGAAGUCCGUCUGUUGAUCGCAUUUCCGGCAGGCGCAAUGGCACUCGAUUCACAAGCAGGUCUCGAUCUCGAACGCAUUCUCGGAGUCGGAGUCGGAGUCAGACUUCUAGGUUAUAUGGGAGGGAAGGUUACAGCCGGUCGCCCAGUCCCUCACUCGCCUUGCCACGAAGCUCCAAGAUUGUUGUAGAAAAGCUCACCAAAAAUGUUACCGAAUCACAUUUACACGAAAUUUUCGGGGGGUUCGGCGAGAUACAAAGUCUCGAUUUGCCCAUGAACAAAGCUUUCAUGACCAAUAGAGGCACUGCCUACAUCCUUUACCAUGAUCCUGCUGAUGCAGAGGCCGCCAUCGCACACAUGCACGAAGCGCAGCUAGACGGUGCUGUUAUAA